AUGUUCUGGAACUGGCUCCAACUAGGAAGAGGAAGGCGUCAUGAAGUCUCGUCGGACAAGCCGAAAUUGUCACGCUCAUCUUUCAAAGGCAUUCACAACCUUCUCUACGACGACGCUCCCUCGCAAGUCCUUCACAAGCAACAGACCCUCAGGAUCAACCGUUGCACCUCAAGAACUCCCCCUCUCUUCUCCACCGACGACGGAGGCGUGGUUCUCUACUACACCAGCUUCCGUAUCGUACGCAAAACAUUCGAGGAGUGCAGGGCCGUCCGAGCCAUCCUCCACAGGCUCCGCAUCCCUAUAGACGAGCGAGACUUGACGAUGGACUCGAGGUUUCAGGAGGAGUUGCACGACAUUUUCGGGGCAGAGAAGGUGGAGUUGCCUAAGGUUUUCAUCGGCGGGAGAUACAUAGGAGGGGCGGAGGAGAUCAAGACGUUGAAUGAGAUCGGCGAGCUGAGGAAGAUGGUCGGAGAGCUACCACCGUCGGAUGGAAGAUUCAGUGAGAACUGUGAGUUAUGCAGAGGAUGGAGGUUCGUUGUUUGCGGGAGAUGUAAUGGUAGCCACAAGAUCUUCUCGGAGGAAACUGGUUUUGUGAGUUGUAUGGUUUGCAGUGUGGAAGGUCUUGUUAGGUGUUCGUCUUGUUUUCCGAUACAUCGUAGACGCAACUCUGUUAUGUAA